AUGUCUGAAGAUGGCAGUGAUGAGCUUAUAUUUAUUUGGUGCGAGGACUGUGGGCAGUACCAUGAUUCAGAGUGUCCUGAACUGGGCCCAGUGGUGACAGUCAAAGACUCCUUUGUAUUAAGCAGAGCAAGAUCAUCUCUGCCUUCUAAUUUGGAGAUAAGACAAUUGGAAGAUGGAACUGAAGGAGUGUUUGCUCUGACUCAGCUAGUGAAACGUACCCAGUUUGGCCCAUUUGAAUCCAAGAGAGUUGCUAAGCUGGAAAAAGAGUCAGUUUUUCCCCUGAAGGUGUUCCAGAAAGAUGGGCCCCUGGUAUAUUUUGAUACCUCAAAUGAAGAUGAUUGCAACUGGAUGAUGAUGGUGAGACCAGCCACCAAAUACGAGCAUCAAAACUUAACUGCCUUCCAGCAUGACAAUGAUAUUUACUUCACCACCUCCCGGGACAUCCCACCAGGAACUGAGCUGCGAGUGUGGUAUGCAGCUUUUUACGCCAAAAAAAUGGAAAAGCCAGUGCUGAAGCAGGUCACUAGUAUUGCCAAUGUGAAUGUGCCAGAGGGCAGUGGAGCUGCAGAAGCAGAGUCCAGUCAGUGGACAUGUAAAGUGUGUUCAUCUGCCUUCCAGGAGCCCCAGCUGCUGACAGAGCACCUGCUGAGUCACCUGGAACAAGCUAAAGGUACCCCCCGAACUGGCCAAAAUGAUACUGUUGUGGAGAAAGCAUCAGAGGCUCCCCCUGAGGACCAGCCAGUGGUCUGUGAUGCAGCAAGUGCCAGUACAGAUUCAAGGAGGAAGGCCAGGCGGGGAAGAAAGCCCAAAACAGCAAAAGCAGAAACACCUAUUGUCAUUGUUGAAGAUGAAGAUUCUUCAGAACAUGGAGCUGAUGUUGUAACUGAGGUCCCCCCAGAAGAGGUAGCUCUGCCUUCAGCUGCAGAAGAGAGGAUUAUGGAACUGGUUUUAGGGAAGGUGCCUAGCACCACAAAUAGCAUCAGUCCAGUGACAAAGUUUGCUCAUCACCAAAACACCAUGUCCCUCAAAAGAAGUUUAAUUCUCUCCAGUAGACAUGGUAUACGGCGGAAGCUGAUAAAACAGCUUGGGGAGCACAAGCGAGUCUAUCAGUGCAGUAUUUGCAGUAAGAUCUUCCAGAACAGCAGCAACCUCAGCAGGCAUAUCCGUUCCCAUGGUGACAAACUGUUUAAAUGUGAGGAAUGCGCCAAGCUGUUCAGCCGUAAAGAGAGCUUGAAGCAGCACGUUUCAUACAAGCACAGCAGGAAUGAAGUUGACAGCGAGUACAGAUACAAGUGCACCACAUGUGAAAAGGCCUUUCGGAUAGAGAGUGCAUUGGAAUUCCAUAACUGCAGGACAGAUGACAAGACAUUCCAGUGUGAGAUGUGUUUCAGAUUCUUCUCUACAAACAGUAAUCUUUCAAAACACAAGAAAAAGCAUGGGGAUAAGAAGUUUGCAUGUGAAAUCUGCAAUAAGAUGUUCUACCGGAAGGAUGUCAUGCUUGACCAUCAAAGACGACACUUGGAAGGGGUGAGGCGUGUGAAAAGAGAAGACUUUGAGCACAGCACAGAAAACAUGGUUCGCUACAAGAAGGAGCCUUCGGGAUGCCCUGUGUGUGGGAAGGUAUUUUCAUGUAGGAGCAAUAUGAACAAACACCUUUUAACGCAUGGAGACAAGAAGUACACUUGUGAAAUCUGUGGACGUAAAUUUUUCAGGGUGGACGUGUUAAGAGAUCAUAUUCAUGUCCAUUUUAAGGACAUAGCUCUUAUGGAUGAUCACCAGAGGGAAGAGUUCAUUGGUAAAAUUGGAAUCUCAUCAGAGGAAAAUGAUGACAACUCUGAUGAAAGUGCAGAUUCUGAGCCUCACAAGUAUAGCUGCAAAAGGUGCCAGCUGACUUUUGGCAGAGGGAAGGAGUACCUGAAGCACAUCAUGGAGGUUCACAAGGAGAAAGGCUAUGGCUGUAGCAUUUGUAACCGACGUUUUGCCUUGAAGGCAACGUACCAUGCACACAUGGUCAUUCAUCGGGAGAACCUGCCUGAUCCUAAUGUGCAGAAAUACAUCCAUCCUUGUGAAAUCUGUGGAAGAAUUUUUAAUAGUAUAGGAAAUCUGGAAAGGCAUAAGCUUAUACAUACAGGUGUAAAAAGUCAUGCUUGUGAGCAAUGUGGCAAAUCAUUUGCUAGAAAAGACAUGUUAAAAGAACAUAUGCGAGUCCAUGAUAAUAUCCGAGAAUACUUGUGUGCAGAAUGUGGCAAAGGGAUGAAGACAAAGCAUGCACUUCGUCACCACAUGAAACUUCACAAAGGGAUUAAGGAAUACGAAUGCAAGGAAUGUCACAGGAAAUUUGCUCAGAAAGUUAACAUGCUGAAGCAUUACAAAAGACACACAGGAAUCAAAGAUUUCAUGUGUGAGCUCUGCGGCAAGACGUUUAGCGAGAGAAAUACAAUGGAGACUCAUAAGUUGAUUCAUACAGUAGGAAAACAGUGGACAUGUUCAGUCUGUGAUAAGAAAUAUGUCACUGAUUACAUGCUGCAGAAGCACAUCCAGCUCACUCAUGAUAAGGUAGAAGCCCAAAGCUGCCAGCUGUGUGGGACAAAGGUUUCUACCAGAGCAUCCAUGAGCCGACAUAUGAGACGUAAACAUCCAGAGAUUAUUUCGGUGAGGAUCGAUGAUUUAGAGCAGCUGCCAGAGACGACUACCAUUGAUGCCUCCUCAAUUGGGAUUGUUCAGCCGGAAUUAGCCUUGGAACAGGGAGAUUUACCAGAAGGGAAGCGGCAUAUGAAAGCUCUUAAACGUGGCCAGAAACGAAAACAAAAGUCAGGUGAGGAGGAGGAAGCUCAAGUGCCUGAUGAUCCUGCCUUCAGUGAAUACACAGAGAAGGAAGGUGAAUUCACAGGGAAUGUUGGAGAUGAGACUAAUUCUGCUGUACAGAGCAUUCAGCAGGUGGUGGUGACCCUUAGUGACCCAAAUGUCACAGCCCCUUCCAGUUCUGUUGGGCUGACAAAUAUCACUGUUACCCCCAUCACAACGGCAGCUGGAACCCAAUUCACAAACCUGCAGCCGGUGGCUGUGAGCCAUCUGACUGCACCUGAGCGCCAGUUGCAGCUGGACAACUCAAUUCUCACCGUGACGUUUGACACUGUCAGCGGUUCCGCCAUGCUGCACAACCGCCAGAAUGACAUUCAGAUCCAGCCACAGCCAGAGGCAGCCAAUCCUCAGUCUGUGGCUCAUUUUAUAAACCUGACCACCUUGGUGAACUCCAUUGCUCCUCUAGGGAACCAGGUAACGGAACAGCAUCCUCUCUCAUGGAGGUCAGUGCCUCAGACUGAUGUCUUGCAGCCCCAGGCACAGCCAACGCAACAGCAGUCUGGACAGCAACAGGUUCAAACAGAGCAACAACAGCAGAUGUAUAGCUACUAAUUUAUAUUUUGAAAAGGUUUAACAUGGACAGUACUGAGAGACAAAAACACACAGACGUUUGGAAAAUUUC